CAAGUUGGUUCGCGGGCGGGCGUCGAGAAAGCCGCGGGAGAAGCCGCGGGAGGGGGAAAAAAAAGUUCGGAGGCGGACGAAUCCACUGGGGCGGCUUGUUGGUUCGCGCGCCCUCCGCCCCCCCUUUUUUCUUAGUUUGCGGACCGCUUCUAAAGUCCGUUUGAGGGGUGAGGAGCAAAAAUAAUAAAGCCGUGGAGACUCGGACCGGACGACGCCCUGCUGCCGGCCAUGCUGCCCCUGCUGUGGCUCCUGAGCAGCGCUUGGUUCUUAGAUCAUGCCACCGCGCUGCAAGUCACGAUCCCAAACCCCUUCAAUGUGGUCAUCCUGUUUCAGCCCGUCACCCUGCAGUGCAACUACCAGACCACGUACUCCCAGCCGCCUGUGGUCACCUGGAAGUACAGAUCUUACUGUCGGAGCCGCCUGACCGAUGCCUUCAAUCCCAGCAGCCAGGAGAGCCAAAUCAACAACCAGCUACAGCAGAACAACCCUGGUUACAACCCCUAUGUGGAGUGUCAGGACAACACGAGGACCGUGCGGGUGGUGGCUUCCAAGCAAGGCAACUCGGUGGUUCUCGGGGAUUUUUAUCAGGGCCGACGCAUCACCAUCACGAAUGAUGCUGAUCUCAGCAUAGAGCAAACUGCCUGGGGAGACAGCGGCGUGUACUACUGCACCGUGACUUCCCUUCAGGACCUGCAAGGCAACAACGAAGCCUAUGCCGAGCUCAUUGUGUUGGGCAAAUCCUCCGAUGUCUCAGAGCUUUUGCCAGGCUUUCAGAUAGGGGAUAUGGCAGAUUGGAUCUUUGUCAUUGUGGUGGCGCUUGGCUUCUUUCUGCUCAUCAUGCUCUUGGGCAUCUGCUGGUGCCAGUGUUGUCCUCACACUUGCUGCUGCUACGUCCGGUGCCCCUGCUGCCCGGAGAAGUGCUGCUGCCCCGAAGCUCUCUACCAUGCAGGAAAAGCGGCAACCUCCGGAGUCCCCAGUGUUUAUGCUGCCAGCUUGUAUGCCUCCAGCAACCCGCUGAAGGCAGGGCCUCCAGCCACAGUGAUUCCCAUGGGUCCUGUGCCCCCCAUGUACAAUGGCUACGGAGUAGAUUAUGAAAGGGCCAGUUCAGUGGGUGGGAACAGCUCCCAAGUGCCCCUCCUGCGAGAUACGGAUAGUGUUGCCAAUUCCGCUGUGCGCAGUGGCUACCGCAUCCAAGCCAACCAGCAAGAUGACUCCAUGCGUGUACUGUACUACAUGGAGAAGGAGCUGGCUAACUUUGACCCCAGCCGCCCAGGCCAGGUUAACGGGAGGCUUGAGAAAGCUUCUGUGAUGAGUGAGCUGACUUCACUUCACGAAGAUGAUCGCCACUAUGACCUGAGGCAAGGUCUGGGGCGGCUGCGGAACCAGGCCAUGUCUCCCAUCAGCGACUUGGAGGAGGAAAGCGUGCGGGGCAGUGAGAACCGGAGGCUGCUACCCCCUGCUCGCCGCAACCGCUACGAUGACUCUCCUCCACAGAACUAUGCCCGGCGCCCACGUUCACACUCAGUGGAUGAUCUAGAUAUAGACCGGGAACCCUACCCUGCCCGGCCUAGGAGCCGGGGCCGCCGUGGAUCAGAUGAAUGGGGCCGCCGUGGAUCAGAUGAAUGGCACCGCCGUGAUUACUCCCCGGAUUCCCGCAAUGACUAUGAGCGCUAUGGUGGACGGCGUAGCCGGAGCAGAGAUGAUCUGCGGGACUUGGAGCGACCCCGCUACGAUGACCGGCUCCUGGAGGAGGCGCUGCGCAGGAAGCAACGGGCCGCCAGCCGCGAGCAGCUGGAUCAAACGAGCGCUUCUAGCAGCAGGUCUGGAAACAGGAAGAACCGGGACGACGAUAGUAACGGCUUUCCUCCACCUCCACCACCUCCGUACACAGAGACAGAGUCCGUUUCUUCCCGUGGCAAGAAUGACCGCAAACUCAGAAGGAAUCAUGCUGUCAGCAGGGAGAGCUUGGUGGUUUAAUCCUCUGCAGCUCCAUGACCCAGGUGGAUAAGGAGGCAUGUGUGACAACUCCAGCGACAGUCUCUGUUGGCAUCAGUUGUAUCCCGGAGGACUGAGGCAGGGCAGAUGGUGCUCCUCUGUGCCCAGCUACUGACCGGAUGGGUCAGCUGGCCCCAGUGCUCGAGGAACUGACCUCUCUGUGCCUUAUUUAGCUUCGUCCCCCUUUUCUGCUGACAUUCUCAAGGAGUUUAGAGACAUAGUUUGCGCUGCAGGAGAAUUUUUAAAAACUGUUUUUGUACUCAGUUUUAAAUUUCAGACCUAGAUUUUAUUUUUUUUAAACAUCAUGUUUGGCAAAAGGUUGCUUGAGUAUGAUCCUCCAGUACUGCAAACGUUACCUGGGACGCAAUCAGACCACAAAACUCUAGAGGGCAAUUGGUCUUCCUAUUGUUUUUCCAAGAUAAUUCCAAAGAAGACCCACUCAGCUGUGUUGCCUUCCACAGCCAAGGUCUUAAAACUGUUUCAGCACAUUUUAUACAGAAGAUAUGUGGCUUCUUGUUAUGUGUAUGUUUUAAAAAAACUCACCCCCUUCCCCUUAGAAUUAACUGCUGCUUCUGUAAAUACCCCAAAUGAUUAGCAGCCAAGUUUUUUUCCAACUUACUUGUAUUUUUGAGAUUAGUUUUAUAUAAAUGAAAAUAAAACGAGUAGGUUGUAUUCUCA